CUGGUUGUGAUCUUCCGCUUCCUCGCUGCUGUCAGAUUAUUUGGGAAACUGGACGGCACGCAAAUGGCCAAAGUGGAGCUGACGCCGGUCAGACCUUGGGACGAUUUCUUCCCCGGUGCGGAGAGAUUCGCCAAACCAGAUGUGCGAGAUCUAGCAAAAUGGAACAACCGGGUCGUCAGCAACCUGCUGUAUUAUCAAACAAACUACCUGGCUCUGGCCAUCGUCGUUUUCCUAAUAGUUGGGUUCCUGAACCCUCUGGGGAUGUUCACAGCGAUGGCCGUGGUGUCGGGAGUCUUCCUGGCUUCAGUGUGGGCCGGCGAGAAUAAAGCUGCGAUUAACAACUUCAAGAGGCAGAACCCCGCGGCGUUCGUCUUCGCUGUCAUGGUAGCCAGCUACAUGCUGAUGUCUCUGCUGGGAAGUGUCAUGGUCUUCAUGACUGCAAUCACUCUUCCUCUAGCUUUGAUUUUUGCACACGCUUCGUUUCGCCUCCGCAACAUGAAGAACAAACUGGAGAACAAGAUGGAAGGUGCCGGACUGAAGAGGUCACCCAUGGGCAUUUUGUUGGAGGCGCUGGGUCAGCAGGAAGAGAACUUGCAGAAGAUCCAGACCUUCCUGGAAGGAAAAUUAAAGGAGUGAUGUUUGCUGUAACGGAAAGAUCCACGCACACAUGCACAUCUCUCUGUCUUUUCACCGUAUGUCCUUGACUUUUGAUAUUUUAGGUGUAACAGACCUCCUUGACUGAUGAGCAUCAAUAACUGUAGUUCACUGCAAUCUACCUGACGAUGUAAAACAUGUAUUGUACCUACAGUGUUGUCACGUGUGUAUGUGUGUUGAAGGAACAGGAAAUGACAGGUUGAUAAUCCAAAGGGCUUUACCUUUACCUCAGGAUAUUUGUUACUCCGCCUAGAACUUGUCCGGGCACUUUUUUUUUCAGAAAGCGAUGCCUGAUCACUGCUAUGCAAGCCGUCGGUGUUCCUGUGCAAUGUAACUGGAGAAGCCCUCUUGCGUGAAAUGGCUCACUGACAACCUGUUUGCACUUUUUACGACUAUUUGUAGUGACCUGAAAAUAUGAAGCACAACCUCAACUCAGAAGAUGAAGGUCAGUUCAUGUAAAACAGAGGUGCACAACAAAAAUCAGUGCUGCAUGAAAGAAUGAGUAAUUUUCCUCCCGUUAAAGCAGCUCUCAGCAUUAAAAUGUUUUGUAUGAUUACCCUGGAAUGUAUUGAAACACACACCGACAACGUAAUGUGAAAAUGAUGUCUUUCUGGAAAGUAGGGUUACUUGAUAUUCCAAACAAAUGAAACUAAGCGCAGGCCUGCUUGUGUUUAUUCAAAUUAGCUGGGUUCAACAAAAAAAACGAAGGUGUUUAAUCUGUGUUUAAUCAGUCUCAGAAACAGCCGUCAGUCUUGGCAGCCCGUGCUGAACUGAAGUUGUGAAACCAAUGUGAGUUUUGUUUUCCACCAAGAUUAAAAAGUGCAAACUCAACAUGCAUCACUGCCAAGAUACUAUAAAGGCUGGGUUGUUUCCAGUUCGCCCUUUUGGAUAAUACGCUUCUCAUAAAAUGCAACCAUUUACUUAACUAUAUAAUUGAAAAGAAAGCAACUGACCUUUUGUAAAUGCAAAUAAAGAGACCCAAACAAAAGAAA